CAGCCCGGCAAGAACGGUCACUUUGCGGUGUGGAAAAUAAACAAAUUGCAAUUAUUGGCCACAAAACUAACCAACUAGCCAGAAAUGUCGUUCCACCUGAGCACAAAGGAGCGGCUCUUGCUCCUUAUCGACGACAUCGAGAUGAUAGCCAAGGAGCUGAUCGAACAGGCGCACCAGAAGAUCUCCAGCACGGAGCUGGUAGACUUGUUGGAUUUGCUGGUGGCCAAGGACGAGGAGUUCCGGAAAAUGCUGGAACUGGCGGAGGAGCAGGCCAAAGUGGAGGAGUCUAUGGACCAGCUUCGCGCCAAGGUGGAGGUGCAUGACCGUGAGAUCCAGAAGCUGCAGAAAUCUCUGAAGGACGCCGAGCUCAUCCUGUCCACGGCCAUCUUCCAGGCCCGCCAAAAGCUGGCCAGCAUUAAUCAGGCCAACAAACGGCCGGUUUCCUCAGAGGAGCUCAUCAAGUAUGCCCAUCGGAUUAGCUCCGCCAAUGCGGUCAGUGCUCCUCUGACCUGGUGCAUAGGCGACUUAAGGCGUCCCUAUCCCACGGACAUCGAGAUGCGCAACGGGCUACUGGGCAAAUCCGAGCAGAACAUCAACGGCGGUCCAGUGACCCACCAGAACAGCGGAAUCCCCUCGGAGCAGCAGAGAACUUUGUCAGGAAGCGGAGGAAGUGGGAGUGGGAGUGGAGCGGGUGGCGAGGUGCCCAAUGCCUUCCAGAACCAAUUCAAUUGGAAUCUGGGUGAGCUGCACAUGACCAUGGGUGCCUCGGGGAACACGGUCGCCCUGGAGACGCGCGCCCAGGACGACGUCGAGGUCAUGUCCACCGACAGCUCCAGCUCCAGUUCCAGCGACUCACAGUAGGAUCUGAAACAAUACAAUUAAUCUCGUAUAAGCUAGUAGUAAUAGGUAUUUAAUAAAAGCGCUAAUUAAGGAAAACAAUGUUUAUUUUCCUUAUGUGUCCUACCUAA